CAACGAACCAAGACAACAUUGACUUGCGCGCUGGUAACUGGCUGACAGAGGGCUUGAUGUAAGGUAAAAAGUUCUUCGACACAACGGUGAUUUUGCCAUACAACAUAUUCAGAAUGAGCGUCACUCAGGUGAAGAAAAAGGCGUCCCUGCUAUGCAACAAUAAGCGUGUGAAGGAGGGGAAAGCAAGGAGGGUGACUCCUUCAGUUUUCUCCCAGGAGAUGUUGCAGUCCACAGAGGAGCGCCUGAGUAACACAGCUGAGGUGCACCCACCUCGCAUCCUGGAGUUGCUUGACCUGAGCGCCGCUCCACAUCACAAAGGUUCUUUUCCAGAUAUAGAUCAGCCGCUUUUUCAGCCCUACCCUUCUGAGUUGGUCUUCCAGAAUUUCUCUCCUGGACAGACCUACAAGUUACCAUUGCUGCUUCUCAACAAUGACAAGGUUUCACGGCAAGUGAAGCUGGAGCAGCAGAACUCCGUGUUUUUCAGUGUUUUGCCUUCAAGUGAUGCACGCAGCAACGUUGCACCAGGAAUGUCUGCCACUUUCACAGUCUUCUUCACCCCACACGAAAACAAGGACUACCACCAUAGACUGGUUUGUGUGACAGAGAGGGAAAAGUUUGAGAUUCCAAUCCGGGCCAUUGGGCCACGUGCCAUUCUUGACUUUCGAGACAAGCUUGACUUGCCCGUGUGUCCUGUGAAAGCUUCAACUGAGAAGACUCAACUUGUUUGUAACGUAGGAAACAGCAAAGCCAAAUUCAGGCUCCACACAGAGAGGCCUUUUUCAGUGACACCUGAGUUUGGGGCACUUGAUGUUGGCGAGAGUAUGCAGGUGACUGUGGUUUUCCACCCAAUGAACACAGGAAACCACAGGCAGGAUCUGUUGCUGCACUACCAUACUGGUGAAGAUGUGUACAUUAGCCUGCAUGGGUCUUGUGAGGAACUGAACAUCCACCUUGAACCUGACUCCAUCUGGAUGGAGAAUACUUAUGUCUCCCUGAUCAGUACACGCACAGUGUCCCUCACCAACCACAAUAGCAUCCCUCUUCAGUACUGCUGGACUGUGUGGCCCAGCCAACAAGAAGAGGACCUGAGCUUACUGAGGGAGGGCUCAGUGCUCCAGCAGAAGGAAGAAGUCGAGCUAGGACAGUUGCUUAAGUCUGACCCUGCAGGGAUCCAUUACCUCCUGCUGCAGUCUAGAGCCCCACAGGAGCACAGAAGUCAGGAUGCAAACGACUACCUCUUGGCCCUUUCACACUGUAUAACUGUGGAGCCUCCGGAGGGGGAAAUAUGGCCCAGCACCACAGCGAAGUUCACCAUCAUCUUCAAGCCUGAGGAGGCCAGACUUUAUCAACAAACCAUAUACUGCGAUGUCACAGGAUGUGAAUCACCGUUACCCCUCACAGUCAAGGGCAAAGGCAUGGGCCCUCAACUUGUGCUUAACUAUGAUGGGAUGAACUUAAAAGAUUUAUUCAUAGGUGAAAGAUUUCGUCAAGAGGUGCAGUUGUCAAACAAAGGGCCAAUUGAUGCCCCUUUCAGGUGGUCAAGUCCUGACACCACUUUUGGCCGCUGUUUCUCCUUCAAUCCCGAGGAAGGUGUUGUUCCCUCUGGCGCCUGCCAGAUAGUGGAAGUAUCGUUCUGCAGUCCCAUUCUGGGUUCAUUCUUUGAGGAGUUGCUGCUAAGUGUGGCAGGACAACCUCAACCACUGACCUUCACUGUUGGGGGUUCCGUCAUUUGUCCCACAAUCCACUUCAGUGUUUCAGAACUUAAUUUUGGGGAUGUAGCCUUUGGUUUUCCAGUAACAGUUGGUUGUACGCUCUUCAACCCUUCCUUUGUACCCGUGAACUUCAUCCUGCGUGUCUUGGGGGACGGGCUGGGCUCUCCUAGUGUUAGCUCAUUCAAACAGAUUUCGGAUGAGUCACUGAAAGAUUGGCAAGAUUAUAGUGCUAGAGAUCUUCAUCCAUGCCCUGUGGAGUUCACGGUCAGCCCGGCAGCAGGCUCAGUGCGUAGCGUGUCCGAUGUUGACAUUAAGGUCACACUGUGCUCCAACACAGUCAGGACAUACCAGCUGUCACUGGUGGUGGAUGUUGAAGGUGUUGGGGAGGAAAUUCUGACUCUGCCUAUAAAUGCUAGGUGUGUUGUGCCUCAGAUUUUGGUGGAUACUCCAGUGCUACACUUUGAAAGGUGUUUCCUCAAUCAACCCUUCGAACAGAAAGUGCGGUUGACCAACCCCAGCAAUUUGCCUGCCUGCUACGGCAUGCUUGAUCAGGAAUAUGAGGAUAAUUCUUCGCUGCUUUUAGGCAGUUCUGCACCCAGAGGAGUGAUUCAUCCGGGCAGCUCCGAGGAGCUUCCUGUGCGUCUCCUAACUAAGGCCCCUGGAAUGCUGCAUCACACGAUACGUAUUGCUGUAUUUGGGAGCUCCCAGCCACCCCUGGAAGUGGCCUUAUCGUGUAUUGGGCACGGGCCACUAGUUCACAUUCAAACCACACAGCUACACUUUGGCAAAAUCCCAGUUCUGAUGGACAUUGGCAAAACCCUGCUCCUGUCAAACCACUCGCCUAUUCCAGCUCACUUUACCACUCCAAUGACCAUCAGAAAGCCCUUUUGGCGUAUUGAGCCCAGUGAGGGGGAGGUGCCACCAUGGAGCCAGGUGGAGCUCAAGGUCGUGGUGCAUCUGAAGGAUACAGUUCCGUUUGAGGGCAAGUUAGAGGUUUCCAUACAGGACAGUCAGCCACUCACUGUCCUCCUGUCUGCCACUGGCACUGGCACUACAAUUGUCAGUGACAGGCCUUUUGGUCCCAGCCUUGACCUGGGCACCCACUUCAGUCAUGAAGCAUACCAGUACCACUUCAAGCUCUGCAACCAUGGCAAGCGAGUACACCGGAUGUACUGGAAGGUCGAUACCUCACAGCCCACUGCAAAACUCUGCAAAGGUGGCACCUUGCCCGACCAAAGCUUCCUACCCCCUAUCUUCACUCCUAAACAGAGAGAUGAUGCAAGACGUGGAUCUUCACUCCCUUCCAGCAGGGAGAAGUCGAUGGUUAGCCUCAGACCGUCUCGUCUGGAACUUUUUCCAGGUGGCUCUGCUGACAUGGUGCUGACAGUCUCUGCAGACUCCCCAAAGGUUGUACGUGAACGUCUGGUGUGCUACGCUAUAGUUGGCCAGCAAGGGUAUCAGGAGAAAAUCAUGUCUGUAGACAUUGCUUGUCGCUUUGUGGCUCCGCUGCUCAGCAUUUCCUCAAAGCAGCUGAACUUCUACAUAAAAAAGGUCAAAGGGGAGAGUAUGCGGCCCCUGUAUGAGAAGCUGAUCUUGAAGAACGUGUCCUCUCUGCCUGUAUCCAUGAAGCUGUCGCUCAUAGAACCUUUCUCUCUGUGUGAGGCCCCAGGGGAGCACAGUAUAGCCACCACUAAGUCUGUGGUUUUAGGCGACAAGUGUGAGGCUGAGUUGUGGGUAUGCUUUAAUCCAGCUUUCUAUAAGGAUCGAGUGUCACACAAUGUGGAUGAGUAUCUUGAGGUAAAUUACUUGGGACACCCACAGCAGGAUGUAGUGGACCUGCAUGCAGAGGUCCACUACCCCAACCUCGACUUUCCCUCCACCACUGUAGAUUUUGACUGUGUGUUAAACUGCACAGAGACUCACAAAGUCAUGACCAUCACAAACUGUUCCCUGCUUCCUGUGUCCUAUUACUGGACCUUUCUGGAUGACCACAUUAACAGCAGAAAAACAGAGAUGCUGAAAGGAAAAAAGAAAAAGAAGCAGAAACUUUCAGAAAGUCAACAGGAAGAAUGGAGGCUCUCCUCUGCAACUCUUUCACCUGCCUUUUCAGCUCCUCAAACCCCCCUGCUAGCUGCAGAUCAACAGAGCAGCACACAAGCUUCUGUUCGUGUGGAGGAGGUAUUUGAUAUUUUGCCGACACAUGGUCAUCUGCAACCUGGGGAUCAGCAGGCAGUCACGUUCUCUUUCUACGGCCACGAAAAUAUCAGCAGACAGGUGGUCACGCAGUGCCAUGUAGAGGACGGGCCUACAUAUGAAAUCAUUCUCAGAGGACACGCAUCAGAAAUCAACUACACCCUUGACACCACCCAUUUGGACUUUGGCCAGCAGCUUUUUCAUUGUGUAGGUGAAGUUGAUGUAACCCUGACAAAUACGGGCAAGGUGGGCUUCAAAUACAGUAUACACCCUCAUAGAGAGGAGGAGGAUGAAGGGGUUGGUGAGAAGGAAGCACGGCAGAUGAAGGUCUUUGAACAUGAGGUCAGACCUGGUUGGCCUACAGUCAUUCCUGCUCAGGGUUACCUUGAUGCAGGCAUGGUACAGGUUCUCCGUGUACUCUACCUUCCGGGCAUUCCUGAAGUGUUUAAGAAGAAGCUUCAGAUGCAGGUGGCUUUCCUACCACUGGAGGAGAUCACUCUGACUGGUGUGGGAGUGUUCCCCAGGAUCAGCCUGAAUUUACCACGAAUCCUGUCAGAGGAGUGUUAUAGUGACGUGUUACAGCAGGCCAGAACAGCUGUGGAGAAAGAUGGAGUCAAAGAGAAGCUUAUAUAUGAAUUUACUGUUCGGGGAGGAGCAGCAACAGAGGCGACGCGCACACUCACAUAUGAAGAUCUGCUUCACAUGGAAAUUGAACGAUUGUUGGUCAAAAAAAAUGCUCUUGCUGUGGUUGAUAACUUGCUGGAAACUGAAGAACCACAAGAGUCCUUCAGAAAGUGGAACAAGCUAAUAAAGUUCCAACUCCCAGAGUACAUUCUGGAUUUUGGUUUUGUCAUUCCUGGCAAAGUCGUGAGUCGUGCUGUGAAGGUCAGCAAUAAUGGAUUAAUACCUGUGUCUUUCCAUCCCACUAACAAACAUCUUGGAGACACAGGUUUCACAGUAGACUUUGAAAGCAUGAAGAACCAACCCCGUGAUGAGACGAAGAGUUUCACAGUUAAAUUUGACCCACAAGGAGUCAACCUGGAUUUGGGUUAUACGAGUGCUAUUCUCCCGAUCCAGGUCGCAGGUGGUCCAACGGUGCAAGUGCGACUGUGUGCAGUGGUAACCAUGCCAGCUGUCACAGUUUCCAGUGAUACAAUUCAAUUUGACACUCUGCAGUGUGGCAUGUGUCAGAUGAAGACAAUACAGCUGCUGAACCAUGAGUCUGUGCCGUGUCACUGGAGCAUAGCUGAGGAGGUUAAGCCUUUUAAAAAGAUCGAUAAGUUCCUGCCCCUCUACAAGCGUAAAAGAGCCUUGCAGGAGCAGCGUCCACCUCCAGUGGUGUUUGAGAUGUUUCCCUCCUCUGGUGUGCUGUCCCCUAGUGAACGGGUCAAUGUCCACAUAAAGUUCAAGCCUGCUGAUGGGUGUCCUUACAACAGACGGCUAGUGGUGCGAGUCACUGACAGCACCCAGGAGGUGUUCAUCACAGCUCAGGGUCAGGGUGAGGAUCCACAUCUCGAGUUCUGCCCUUCGGUACUCGAGCUGGGCCCUUGUCUCCCUGCCAGCACUGACGUUGAAGCUGAGGUUACAGUGAAAAACCCCUGUUCUUUCCCCAUUGAGUUUUACUCCCUGGAGUUUGACACACAGUAUCUCCAGGAAGAAGAGAUUCUGCGUUUGAUGCAGGACUAUAAAGACAACAGUGUGUUACUACUUCCUCCACGUGUCCCGGGAGAAGGGCUUCCCUCAGAACUGCUGGACUAUUACAAGGAGUAUUGCUCCAAGAUGAAAGACGAAGAGCUGAAGGCAGGUACGGGUCAUGAUGAUCAAAAUGAAGACACACAGGGAGGAAAAAAUAAGCCUAAACUAGAUGAAGACCACCCAGAAAUUAGAACUACAGGUGUGAAACCACCUGAAAUGUUUUUCUCAGAAUUGACCAGAUUGGCGAGCAGCGAGAGUCUAAGACAGUUCGAGAUGACCCCUAUCUGCAGAGCAGUUGCCCGACAUAUGGGUGUUGACCUGUCACCUGAGGCUCUGAUUGGACGCAACUGCAGAGGCAUUGCUAUUAUCGUAUAUGGAGCCCCACUGACAGAUAAGAGCAGCAUAGCAGCUGCUCUGGCACUUCGGUAUGGAGCAGCGUGCCUCUGUGUUGAUGAUGUGGUUACAGAUAUGCUUUUAAAUGGCACUUCACCGGUUAGCCUGACAGCCAGACAACUCUUUGACUUUGCUGCUACAGAGCAUGCUCAGAAAAAUGCUAAGGAAGCUGGUCUGGUCAUUCAGGAAACGUCUGGAUCAGGACCCACAGCACCUCUUGAAGCCUCCGAUCCAGAUUCAUCGCCUUUUAUACAAAAUACAGCCAACAACUGUGAGGACAACAGUAGUGAAAAUGACUCCAAGGCUCCCCUGAUGACUGAAAAUCAACACAUUGUCCAUUGUCUGGGAGGAGAUGUGACCACACUGAGGAGUCUGUUGCCUGAGCAUUUACUGGUUGAUAUCCUAGCAGAAAGAUUUCAGUUAAGCGAUUGUUAUCGUGGAAUAGUGAUUGAUGGCCUGGACUCAGCGUACACUCGGGUUCCAGCGAGCACUCUGCAGGUUGUUCUCAAGGCCUUAAGUAACCACAAACACAUCUAUUUGGUCAACUUAUCUGACUCUUAUACAGCCCUGAAGGCACGGGAAAAAGCUCAAAGCGAAGCUGAAGCUGCCAGGGAGGAAAAAUGGCUGCAGGACAUGGAUGAGGAGGAGUAUAAUGCUCUGCCACAGGAGGUGAAGGAGCGCAUUAACAAAAAACACAGAGAGGAAUUCCGACAGCAGAAGUUUAGGGAGCAGAUGGCGAAAGAGCUGGAAGAAAAGAGGCAACAGGAAGAGAACCAAAGGUUAAAAGAGGUGGGUGGAAAGAAGGACAUUAAAGAACCAUCAAGGAAGAAGAGCUUGCUGGGGGUAAAGCAGUCAACAGGGGCAUUGAAUGUGCUAAGGGCGUCUUCUGUUAACGACUCCAAAGAGCAAUUAGGGGACACAAGAGAGCAAUGUCAUCUAAAUGAAGAGCAUCAUAGCAAAGAGGCCGAUGAUCCACAGAAGCAGACAGAAGGAACCACAGGUUCUCCUCAACCCACAGACACACUGGAGAUAGACAAGAAUACAGAAACUGUAAAUGUGAAGAGUGCAGGAGAAGAAAAAGAGUUGAAAGAUGGAAAACAAGCAGGGGAGAGGAAUCAAAAAGACAGAGCAAGAAGACAGGGCUUACCUGCUGGGAAGUCCCAGGUGGAGAACCUGCAGUCUAAGUUCUGUCAAUACGAGGAGAGCCAAGCCCUGGUGGAGCAUAUCCUGCAGCACUGGGACCGGCGCCGGGGAUUGUUGUUGGUCCCACUCCCCACUGAAGAUGCUUUAGGGUCAGCUGAAGUUACAACAGAGAAGCAGUCCUCUGCUGAUAAGAAGAGCAGGAGAGUCAGUAACAAGCUCAUAUCACCUUUGCACAGUCAAAUAGCAGGACUGUCAGAAGCAGAGAAGGCAGACGACAAGGCAUCUCCUCUGGACAUUCCAUAUAUUGUGUUAAAUGUAACAGAAAAAGACUACAUGAGCAUCAUAAGCAGCUCUUUGCCUGCCCUAGAUGAGGUGUUGGAUGAUUUAGGGAUAGGUCCUAGUGGCCCUCCAAUCCCUCCUUCUGUCACCUUCUCUGUCGUUCCUUUUCCCAAAAAACGAGAGCAAGCUAAACUAGAACAGACCUGUUUCACCUUCCUGGUUCCUUCAGGGCUGGAUGAAAAGGACAAGGACAAGAAAGAGGAAGAGCUGCAAGCAUCCGUUUUAAAGUUAUCGGAAGAGGCAACAGGCUCUAAAGGUCAUGGCAAGGCCACCAUUAAGGACAGCACAGUGGCGAAGGACAAGGAUAAAAUGGGUCGAGAGAUUCACAGGAGCAAGAAACAGACUUCCGCCAAAACAAAAGCACAGGGACCAGAGCGUCUCGGGUCACGUUCGCAUGCCUCCUUCCACCCCGAGGACACUGACCAGGAAGAACAUCAAGCAAGCUUGGAACAAAAACGCAGCCAUAUUCUGACAGCAUUUCGCUGGGUUGUGCCAGCUUGCGGUGAGGUGGUACUCAAGAUCUGGUUCUACUCAGAGUCACCAGGAACGUUUAAACAUACCUUCAACUUUGAGAUAGUCGGGACCCGGAGACUCAACCAGCUCAUCUGCAGAGGAGUUUCUACCUAUCCUUCCAUCAGCAGUGAUUACACGACUGUGUUUCCCCACAGUAAGAAAGUCACUCAAACUAAAGAGGGGCUUCUGAAGACCUAUGUAAUUAAACCUGGAUACUUUGAGUUUGGACCUUUGCUCUGUGGCAAGACCAGAGACAGAUACAAGGAAAACAGGUACCCCGAGAACUCAGAGAAGCUGGUGAUUCACAAUAACUCAUGUCUGGAGGCUGAGGUCCAAUUCAGUUUCAAGCAUGAUACGCAAGCCACCACAUAUCUGUUGGACCCCCCAGCCAUGACCCUCAAACCGAACCAGAAACAGGAGUUGACGCUUUGGUCGUACCCAACAAAAGUAGGACAAAUGAAGGACGGCUUGAUUUGCCAGAUCAAAGACAAUCCUGAGCUUGUGGUCAUUGAGCUUUCGUGCUGGGGCGUUCGGCCAGAGUUGGAGUUGGAAAGCAAGCAUUUGCACUUUGACAGGAUUUUGCUGCACAGGAGGGACAGCCGCAGCAUUAUGAUGUAUAAUAAGACAGCUCUGCCAGUGUCCUGGAGAUUGCAGGGUGUGGAAGAGUUGGGUGAUGAGUUCACUGUGCCACAAGAUCAGGGCAUCAUCUCCCCUAACUCUUCUUUCCCUUUGAGCUUGCGCUUCAGAGCCCGAAGGCCACUCAAUAUUAAGAGACUCUUACGUCUGGAGGUAGCCGAUGUGGAGAAAAUCCUAGGUGUUGUAUACACUGAAAAUAUUCAGGUUACUGCCGAAGCCUAUGACGUGGACCUGGAAAUCAGUCCAGAUGGCUGUCUUAAUUUUGGAACCAUCAGAGUCUUUGAGGAUGUCAGACUGUCUCUCAGAUUGAAAAACCAAGGAAAAUAUGAAGUAUCUUACAAGUUUAAUGUUGAGCAGACAGACCCAGCGCAGCCAGACCUAAACUCCAUUUUCAAAGUGUCUCCUCAGUGUGGUAGUCUGAUGCCCAACAAGCCCGCAACAGUGAACAUCCUCUUCAAACCUGAUGUGGAAGUGUUCAUUAAAGACCAACCUAUCCUGCCUUGCCAGGUGAUUGAACCGAGCAUUGGGACAGGAGGAGAAACUGUAGCUAUCGUGGCGAUCAGGGUUUCAGCCCGAUCUGUUUUCACCAGGUACAAGAUCACACCUUCAUCCGACUUGAACUUUGGUCCUCUGAUCUAUGGCAACAAGAAAAGCCAAAGCUUCACCAUCGAAAACAAUGGGGUCUUUGAGGCCUCUUUCAGCAUCUGCCGCAUGAUCACAGAUCCCGUGAGGACAGGGGGUCCAGGUAAGACUAUAUCAAGAGAGACCCUUUCAGGGAGGCCCAAUGCUGCCAAAAUACCACCAGAAUCCUUUCAGAGUUUUCUUCAGAAUCGCCUCAGCGUGGGUAUGUUCUCAGUGUCUCCCUGCAUUGGGAGCCUACAGCCAGGGUCUCAGCAGCUGGUGACAGUGGACUGUGCAGCUGAACAGCUGGGCAGGUGGAGCCAGGGUCUGCACAUUGACAUCAUUGGGCGUGACCCCUCAGACCAUCCUGAUGGCAUACCCUACACACUGCUGGCUGAAGUCUGCAAGCCAGGCAUAGUAUUGGAUAUGGCCUCCAUCUUUGAGGAACACCAUCUGUGCUGCAGCAGUAGCCAGCUUUCUUCAGAGCAGUUUUGCAAUGCUAAAGGGAUUUUUGUGCUGGAUGAAAAUAAGUUUAUCUUCAACAAAAUCCUGGUGGGUCAAACCAGCCGAGCUCGCUUCAAACUCACCAACAGCAGCAAGGUCCCCUGCAUGCUCAGCUUGGCCAUCAGAAGUGCUGGGCCUAAGUCAUCCCGACACAUUGAGGUCUUUGACUUGCCUGUGACAACACUGAGCAUUCCCAGCCUCUCGCACGCGUUUGCUGUUGUUACCUUCACACCUCAGGCAAUGCAGCAUUACAGUGUUGUGUUUGAGGCCAAGGUGGAGGGAAGUGGAAGAGUGACACCCACAAUUAAGACCAGCGUGCUGGAGUUUGACCUUUUGGGACAAGGCACUCUGCCCAGUGUUUGUGUGGUACGUCCAGGUCUGAGGAGCAGUAAAGGAAGCCCAGUGCUGCACUUCAGACGGGUACCAGUAGGGCGCAGACAUAUCCGACCCCUGGUGCUGUUAAAUAAUGGAAAUGUUCCAGCUGAGGUCCAGAUUGACAUGCUGGAUGAGCAUGGUGUGUUCACCCUAAAAGCUGCGUCUGACAACAUUAACGCCUCAGUGGACUCCACACAGCGUGCUUCAGAGCACAAAUCGGUGCACAGAGUAAACCUAAAGCUGAAGAUUAAUGAACCAGUGGAGAUUGAGGUUGGCUUCUGCUCUGAUAAACCCUUGAGUGUCAAGGCAAAAAUGUCACUGCAAGUGAAGGACAACCAGCAGAGCAACACUACAAUAGAAGUAACAGGAGAGGCUUACCAGCCAAUCGUCUCUCUAGAUCACAUCAGCAGGUCGUUGCAGGAUAUAGAUCAUGAAGAUGAAAAAGAAGGUAAUUAUGAGGUGCUGGAUUUUGGUGACUGCCAUGUAAACGUUCCAUACAAAGAAAGUUUUACUAUGACCAACCACAGCAGCAGCCAGGUGCUGAGGUUUGAGUGGCCCCCUAGUGGACCUCAUGUCAGCUUUUCACCACAGGUGGGACACCUUCAUGCUGGUUGCUCUAAGGAAGUGAUUGUCACAUUUAGCUCCAGCAAGGCAGUGACUCUGUCUCAGCUGCAAAUGAGAUGUAAGGUUUGCCAGGUGGAGUUCCAGCAGCCUGUAGAGGAGGUAGCUGACUGGGAUGACCGACACAAGACGGUACACUGGCUGAGUUCUUCAGAGAAAGCUUCAGAUGCAUCCAAACAGGCUGUAAAGGACAAGGUGAUAAGAACAGAUCCUGAGCCUUGCUGCUCUGUGGUCGACGGCUCUCAGGUGGAGCUUGAAUUACGCAUCAGUGCUGUCUGCGACUAUGUGAAGUUAAGCUGCAGCACAGACACCAUCCUCUUUGUGAACACCAUGCUUUUCCAAACCAGGCUGCAGCAACUGCAGGUUGUGAAUGAGGGAAGUUUGAAGGUGGAAUUCUCCUGGGAAGUUCUCAUGGAUCCAAGUAGCAAUAUUGUCAGCUGUGACCAAGAAGAGGGGACCUCGACUUCUCGACCUGGCAGCAGAUCAGCAGGAUCGCUGACUGAAGCCCGUCCUCUGGCGAACUUGUUGUCACUUCUAAUGUUGAACCCUGAGCUUCCUCCUUUCAGCAUUGAACCCAGCGUAGGGACCAUGAAGCCGGGUGCCAGGCAAAACUUCACUGUUCGCUUUUUACCCCUGCAGGUGUCCACUUUUCAGGGAAAGCUGUUUUGCAGUAUUCAGAACUUGCAGGAUGGGGAACAGGUCCCAUGUAUCUCAGUGUGUGGCCGCAGCCUUUUGCCCCAAUUCCACUUUGACCUGGAAGAUUCAGACUACAUCAGUGGGAACCGUCGUAACUCUGAAUUCAGUGGCUCUCUGGACCCAAACACCAGAAUUUUGGAGAUUCAUGCCAUUGGUUUGUCUGUACCAUCAACAAGGUCUUUUAGUGUGGUGAACCCAACCAGUAAGCCCUACUCAUUCAAAUGGAGGUGUGAGGACAAAAGUAGGAGCCAUUUCCACUGUCUCGUUCCAUCUGGUGUCAUUCCCCCUGGGAACAAAGCAGAAGUGUGUUUUGAGUAUGUUGCCGAGCAGCUGGAUGCAGUGGAGUCUUUCUGGACCUUCAUUGUUGACACUCUAUCGCUAUCUGUUCCCUUCCUAUGUGUGGGCACUGCUAGAGAACCAAUCACCUAUCUCGACAGACCUCACUUUGACUUUGGGGAACUGCUUCUUGGACAAAAAGUGGAACAGGCAGUUAAUUUUGUGAGUGAAGAGGAAGAACCCUUCCAUUUCUCUGUGGUUCCUUCAUCUCUUUUCUGUGAAGACCAGCAAUCGAGGCUCAUAUUGGAGCCCAUGACUGGCACAGUGGCACCCAAAAACAGGUUGCCAUUAUUGGUGUCGUUCACACCUUCCUGUGAAGGUUAUGUGAGUUUCAAAGUGGUUCUGAGGGUGAAGAAGAAGUCAGAGCCACUCACACUGAUCAUUAAGGCUGAUUGUUUCACCCUGAGCACUUCUGUACAAGUUGAGAAGCCAGAGGGGGGCCUCAAAAUGAUUGCCCCCAACCACCAAGAAACUCUGGACUUUGGGGAGGUGGGGAUUUCAGAGCAAUCCACUUUUACUUUUCUGGUGUCCAAUCUGUCAAGAUUCAUCCUGGAAGUGAACUUUGAACUAACGGGUCCCAAAGCACUGCAACAGCACUUAGUCACAAAAACACAAAAUGCUGCCAUCGAUGCUGGGAAGCAGCUGCAGUCUUCACUGUGUUUUUCCCCCCAGUGCAUUUGCAACCUCAAAGACGUCAAACUAAAUAUCAAGGUGAAAUGUGGGCCAACAUUUGCCUUUGAUAUAAAAGGCAAGGCUGUAUCACCCAGUCUCGAAUUCUCCUCUACCAAGCUUAACUUUGGGAAGUGCUUCUUGUACUGUCCUGGUAUGGAACCGGCAACUCAGACCCUAGUGUUAAGGAACAACGGCAAGAGGGACAUCAGCAUCCAGUGCCAGUUCAAGAACACUGCUUUCUUGGAGAUGGACUUCCAUGCAGAUAUUUUGUCACCUGCUGGUGUAAAAGAGAUACCAUUCACCUUUUAUCCUCGUGAGCCAUGUCAGUACCACGAGAAGCUCACCUUCAUCUUAAACAGCUGUGUCACAAAACAGGUGGAGAUACUGGGGCAGGGCAUCGAGAUGAAGCUGGAAGUUGAGCAUCCAAGGCAGAAGAAGGUGAAAUUGGGACCUCUGAAACUGGGUCAGAAGAUGAAAAAACAGGUGGUUCUAGUAAACCGCAGCAGUAUCGACCUUUCUUGCACCCUAAUGCUCAGCACAGAUACACCAAUUGAUCAAAAGGAUCUGUGUUUCAGUCCAGAAGGUGAGCUGAAGCUGAAGUCUAGUGGCGGGUCAUGUAAUGUUCAGAUCCAUUUCUCACCUCAUCAGCGCAUUCGUCCCUUCAUUGCUGAGCUACAGGCAAAGUGUUUAGGCUUGAUCCAACCCCUGCUGACCAUCCAAGGCUCUUGCCAGGGUGUUGAAGUUCAGCUGGACCAGGACUGCCUUUCCUUUGGAGCUGUGGUCCAGCACUGCCAGGUCAAGAAGAAGAUUGUCAUGACGAAUACUGGCGACAGUAGUGCCAGGUUUAACUGGAAAACAGAGGAUUUUCCUGCAGAGUUGUCCAUUGUGCCAUUAAAAGGAUUUAUCAACCCAGGGAUGGAAGUUUCCUUUCAAGUGACGUUUGCCCCUGUGGAGCUGCGUAACGACACAAGAUAUGAGAAUCUGUCCUGCUUUGUGGAGGGUUCCUCCUCACCCAUCACCUUUACUGUCACUGGCUCCUGCAUCGCCACCUCCACCAGCAGAGAGGAAUGGUUCCUUGUGCAGCUAGAGAUAGUGAAGCCUGAUAAACCAGAUGCUACAGUGUCCCUCAGGGGCAUCAAGUUCAUCGAUGUCCCCGCCCAUGCUAACAGGGACUAUGAAAUGUCUUUCUUUACAUAUACAGAGGGACAGUUUAACACCAAGGUGACAUUCCGUCACCAUGAGACAGGUGAGUACUUGUUCUACCUCGUUACCUUCAAAGCCACGUCUCCAGGAGUCCUGUCCACCAUAGAGUUAGUGACACCAGUUCGCCGGGCGGCCUCAGCCACCGUUCAAGUAGAGAACCCCCUGACCACAGCUUCCUGCCUCACCACUGAGUGUAAAAGCCGUGAUAUCAUUGUCCCACCUCAGCACACGGUGCCAGGCCAGUCCAAGGGUGUUUUGCCUUUCGAGUACAAGCCUCUGCAAGCAGGCGAGUCUACAGCACGGCUAACUUUGUUCAGCAGUGAGCUGGGCCACUUCCACUAUGAUCUGCUUCUCAGAGCUCUGCCUCCAGCACCAGAGAAAACUGUGCACUUUAACGCUUUACUGGGCCGUGGCCACACCGUCACUGUAAAGUUUAUCAACUAUGCCCGCUUCAAAACCACGUACUUCUGUAAGACUGAUUACCCAGACUUUAUCGUGGACAAGAGUGUGAGUGUAACUCCGGGUUUCCACGUGGGCUCAGAGGCCAGUGUGGACGUCUGUUUUGAGCCUUCUCAGCUGGGAGAAGUGAAAGGCCAGCUCAGCCUGUCUUCAGGAGUUGGUGGAGAAUACAUAUUUCCCUUACAUGGGUUAUGCUUGCCCCCCCAGUCUCAGGGCCCAUUCAGCAUUAAAGCUGGUGGGAACAUCAUCAUCCCCUUCAAGAAUGUGUUCCUGCAAACCACAGCUUUCUCUUAUCUGGUUGACAACCACCAUUUUAUAGUCAAAGGAGGGGGAAGCAUCAAAUCCAAAGAGAUUCAGAACAUCCAGGUGUCCUUUGAGGCUCCUCCAGAUGGCUCUCCAGGUCCGUGGUUUGGCACCUUGACCAUCUCCAGUCAGAGCUCUGAGGGCCACAGGAAGCCCUACUCAUGGGUCUAUUACCUGAAGGGCCACCGCCCCGAGUCAUUAUAGUAACAUGCAAAUAUAGAAAGACAGAGAUGCCAACAUGAGUACAAUGAAAAAGGCAUUGAUUGCCAGAUUGUAUGAUGGUCCAGUUGCAUAUGCUGACAAGUGACUUAUCUGAAGCUUUAUUAAGAUUUUAUUGCCAAAAUCCAGAAUAUCUCCUUGUGUAGUGUGUGAUUCAAGUAAUUAGCUGACAAACCUGUCAAUAAAUAUUUAACAACUGACUGAAUAAAUUCUGCAAA